AUGGAUAGCACCGGGACUAUUCUUCAACACGGUGGCAGCAGGGCUCACAAGAACCGGAAGCGUGCUGAGAAAACCGCAGUGACGCUCGUGAUCGUCAACCCCAUCGGCAAGGAAUCUCUGGACCACAUCACCCCGGAGUUAAUCCAGGAAUUGCUCGCCGGACACCACGGCGCCGACGCGAUUUUUAGGUUCGGCGCCAAGUUGUACGCACUGGAAGAGAACAUGAACUUCAAGACUGACGUGAAAAGCGGGUUCAUUAGCGGGCGUCUGGAGGAGGACAGCGCCUGGGUAACUCAGAGGAAGACCGUUGGUUUCUCGAUGCUGUUGNACGGUGGCAGCAGGGCUCACAAGAACCGGAAGCGUGCUGAGAAAACCGCAGUGACGCUCGUGAUCGUCAACCCCAUCGGCAAGGAAUCUCUGGACCACAUCACCCCGGAGUUAAUCCAGGAAUUGCUCGCCGGACACCAUGGCCCCGACGUGAUUUUUAGGUUCGGCGCCAAGUUGUACGCACUGGAAGAGAACAUGAACUUCAAGACUGACGUGAAAAGCGGGUUCAUUAGCGGGCGUCUGGAGGAGGACAGCGCCUGGGUAACUCAGAGGAAGACCGUUGGUUUCUCGAUGCUGUUGGAAAACCUCAAGGACAAUUUUGAGGAGGCCGUUCAAACGUACGUGGACAAAAUCCCCUACGACGAUGUAGAAAACUUUGAGCUGGACAUGAGCUACAUCCGCAAGAUCUUCGAUCUUCAGGAGGACAUGCCCGUGUACAGAAAAUUCAUUCGCGAUGGUUUUAACGUAUUGGCGUCCAACAUGGCGGAGAAACUACGGAGGAUCGAACGGGACACGGGCAAAAAGCUGAAGCUGACCUAA